AAGGAAUGGUUUCUACUCGAGGACCAAAAUUCAAAUUCUGUGAUGGUGAAAAAGUUCUCUGUUAUGAACCCGACCCUACAAAAGCAAAAGUAUUAUAUGAUUCAAAGGUACUUGAUGUUAUUGUUAAUAAAGAUCAAAGAGGACGUAAAGCUGUUGAAUAUCUGAUACACUUCCAGGGAUGGAAUUCUUCAUGGGAUCGUUGUGUAACAGAGGAAUAUGUAUUAAAAGACACAGAAGAAAACCGUCAACUUCAACGAGAUUUGGCACAAAAAGCACAACUACAGUUGGGAGCUUAUUUAUAUCGACGAGAGCGUAAAAAAAGAAGCCAUAAACUAUCUGAACGUUUAAAUGAAGCUGAAAAUCAAGAACCAAGAAGAAGAGCAAGAAGUGGUGGUAGUAGAGCAACAUCUGCAACAACUGGAUCAUCCGAAGAUGGCAGUUCAGGACAACAUGCUGAUUAUGACACUGAGGAAGUUAUUACUGAAGAGGAUACAGAAAGUAGUUCAGAUUAUGUGGGUGAAACAAGUGAUGAUGAAGACAGUGGUGGUGGUAGUCAAUCUGGUGCUAGUGUAAAACCAGGAAUUGAUCUUGACAUUGGUACCACUCUGAGAAGGAUUCUGGACCAAGACUAUGAUCUAAUAACUAAUAAAAAUAAGCUAGCUGUUCUUCCUGCACAACCUACUGUUGCAAAUAUUUUAGAAUCAUGGGUACAACACUUUACGACAACGCAACUAACAAACAUUCCAGAAAAACCUCAAAGGAACAAAGCAAAUAAUUCAAUAGAAAAAACAAUUAAUGAAAUAAACAUAUGCAGAGAAGUAGCUGAUGGAUUACGUAUAUAUUUCGAUUUUACAUUACACGAUCUCCUUUUAUAUAGGCAAGAGCAAGAACAAUAUUGUAAUUUAAAAUCUUCUUUCUUGUAUACUGAACAUCCAACUCUUGUGAAAGAAGAACCAAUUGAGAAUUCAGAAGUAUUAAUUAAAGAAGAAUAUGAAGAUACCGAGUACGCUCAUUUACCACCGUUCCAAGAGCAUGAUCAAGAAGUAGACAUGUCAAAAACGAUGGCAAAUUCUAAGCGAAGGUUAAGAUCAUGUAGAGUGAGUUCCAUUGAUGAAAAUAGACAACUACGAUCGUAUGAAGAAAUUAAACAAGAUACUGGAAAUUUAUCGAGUAUUGCAAGUACAAGUUCUCGUUGUUCUAGCCCACGCGGUGUAACGCUGCGAAUACCGGUUGUUACAUCCGUACAAGUCACCGCCUUACUUCAGCAAUCAAACAAGUGGAGAUUAAUGCCCGAAUCCUCAAAACCUGAGGGUCCUCCAAAUCCUUCCACUUAUUAUGGUGCCAUUCACUUAACACGAUUGUUUGUUAAAUUGCCGGACUUGCUUCAAUUAACAGAUAUACCACAUAAAAAAUUGAAGGUUCUUCUUAAAUAUUUGGACAUGUUUCUCAGUUAUUUAGAAAUGCAUAGAGAGUGGUUUGGAGAACAAUUUUAUAUGCAAGUGGAAAAUCAAUUAAUUCCUCAAGCAAGUAAUUCUUAA